AUGGGAAAAAUCAUCAUUUAUGAGCAUGUCAACUUCCAGGGCAUGUCCAAAGAAUUCACCACUGACACUCCCAACCUAAUAGCAGUGGGUUGGAAUGAUAUUGUCUCCUCAGUGAAAGUAAUUGGCCAGCCUUGGGUGGCUUAUGAGCAUGUUGAUUACAAGGGUCGGUUUCUGGUAUUUGAGGAGGGAGAAUAUGACUCUGUAGGUAAAGAGAUGAAUGACAAGAUCAGCUCUCUGCAAGUGAUCAGGGAAGAUCUGCACAAUCCCCAGAUCACUCUCUACCAACACGUUGACUACAAAGGGAGGAGCAGAAUAGUAAGAGAAGCAACCAACCUGGCUGGGGGAGAAGAUGAUGACCUUGUGUCUUCCCACAAAGUCCAGAGAGGUGUCUGGCUGCUGUGUGAGAACAGUGAUGGAAGUGGGCCUCAGCACCUUGCCCGAGCCCAUGAGGACGUUCCCAAUUACAAGGCAAUUGACUUCAAUGACAAGCUCUCCUUCCUGCGCCCCCUGCGCCCUGGCCGUGACUCUUAG